AUGAGUCAACUCGAAAGCCAUCUUCUUGCCUCCAAUGAAGGUCAAGGGUCACUAUUCGCCAAUACUGGCCCUGGUUCUCAGAACAACAACACUGGUGGCGGAACACAGCAUAAUACCGGGAUCCUCAACUCACUGACCUUCGAUGGAAUGAGGAGUCGACACGCAAACAUCAGAAGAAGACAUAAAAACACAUGCCAGUGGGUACUGGGUUUGGAGAAAUACCGAUCAUGGAUGGCAAGUACUUCCGGUCUGCUAUGGAUCAAGGGAAAGCCAGGCACUGGGAAAUCUACCUUGAUGGUCUUUCUGCAUGAGCAGUUAAGCUAUUCACGUUCAGAGAGUCAUGUCAUUCACCUCAACUUUUUCUUCUAUGCCAGGGGCAAAUAUUUACAACACACGCAGCUUGGAAUGCUCAGAUCAUUGCUUUACCAAAUCUUUAAUCGUGAUGAGAGCAUACGCAAAACUGUUCGCGAGUUCUACAAACAGAAUGUUGGGCUUGAUGUUGGACCUGGACAUGAAUGGGAAUUGUCCCAAUCACAAUUGGAAGAAGCAUUCCAGAAAGCUGUUCUUGCUUCGGCUUCCGUAAAUCAGGUGGUCAUUUUUGUCGAUGCGUUGGACGAAGCUGGAGCCACAUCGGCUCUGGGGCUGGCAACUUACUUCCAUGAACUGAAUGCAAGUGCGGAGAAAGAAAAUCUCAAGCUCAAAAUUUGCAUCUCAUGCCGGCACUAUCCAGUUCCGAGCUCUCGGCCUGCUGUGGAGAUCACAGUCGAAAAUCAUAAUCACGGAGAUAUCACCAAUUACUUGCAAGACCAUCUAUCUACGAGCCCGGCCAUUCGUGGUCAGCAGCUGGCAGAUAAAUUGAUCGAACAAGCCGGAAACAUGUUCCAAUGGGCCUGCGUCAUUUUGCCAUUUGUUCAGCAAAAGCUUGCAGAGGGAGACUCGCCUGAAGUCGUUUUCAACUGGCUGAAAGAAGUUCCAACCCCGCGAGAAGAUAUGAAUGACACUUAUCAAUACAUUUUGGACCAUGUUAUAACGGACUGGAAUUGGGCUCAAUCCUUUCUACUUUUUCAGUGGGUGUAUCUAGCCGAAAGACCUCUGACUCUGCUCGAAAUUCGGUACGCCCUGACAGUUUCUAACGCACGGGCGACACAUGCCAAAAAGGGAUACAAUGGCUUGGAAUAUGCCCUCGAAGCAGAGAAUUUUGGCUCGAAAAUCAAAGCUCUUUCUGGUGGCCUAGCUGAACUUGUAUCCGUUGAAGACAACCGACAGAUUAUACAAGUCAUUCAUCAAUCUGUCAACGACUUUUUGUGUGAAAAGGGACUGCCUUGGUUGGCUGCUCGUGUCAGAGGUAGACCCUUAUUGGCCACCGGUGAUGAGAUUAUUCUUGAAUGCCAGGCAACACUCUAUCGAUCAUGCUUGGACUAUCUCACCAUUGAGCUGUUAAAAGGAUUGGAAGUACGCGAGUUUGAAGACGACAGGGCAGAACAACUGUGGAUUGAAGAAGAGAAAGAGGAAGUCCUUCAAGGCCGACCAUUUAUCCACUACGCAGUCACCUAUCUUUUCGUCCAUGCUGGAAAAGCCCAGAGUUUGCGUACCAACAAUCUAGAGGAUGACCUGCGAGAGCUCGAACGCAUAUUUGACCUAUGGUUCAGGAUUUAUUACACGAUUGAUACUUCCAGAUGCCCCCCAAAGAAUUCAAAGCUCGUUCACAUAGCGGCCGCCGUCAACAUGAACGAUAUAAUAGAAGUUCUUCUCACUUCAAAGACAGAAAAUGACGCAGAGACGGAUUCUAAUGGUAGCACUCUCAUGCAUAUCGCAGCUCAAUACGGCCAUAUGGAACUGGCAAGAUCAUUGCGAUCGAGAGGCUUCAGCUGCAUGGUAAAGAACAAGCGCGAUGAGACACCACUGCUUUUGGCCAUACAGUAUGACAAUUUGGAGAUCGCUCGAUGGCUUUUGGACGAAAUAAAGGAUUCGAAAGCAGCCAGCGAGAUUGACAUUGCAUUACAAGAAGCCUCUUUUAAGCGUCAGCGGGACAUGGUCUGGCUACUCAAAGCUACUGGUGCCAACGUCAAUUUUCAGGGAGGUAAAUAUGGCUCUGCUCUCCAGGCUGCUGCAUCUUCAGGGAGCGCCAAUAUUGUGAAGAUCUUAUUACUGGCUAAAGCCAACGGGGGCAAAUUCAACACAGCUCUCCAGGCAGCUGCAUUUUGCGCGGGCCCUGACGUUGUCAAAAUUCUUCUGGAUGCUGGUGCCAAGGUUGACUUAUGUGGAGGGAAAUACGGAACUGCGCUACAGGCGGCUGCACGGAAUCGAGAGAUUGAGAGCGUUAAGCUCCUAUUACACUUUGGCGCCGAUGUAAACCAACGGGGUGGUAAAUAUGAGACCGCUCUACAAGCCGCCGCAGCUUCGGGGAGUGACAUUAUUGUUAAGUGCUUAAUAAACGCUCACGCCGACGUCAAUUUAAAGGGAGGCAAAUAUGGGUCAGCUCUCCAGGCUGCCGCAGUUUGGGGGAACGUUGAAGUUUUGAGAAUACUGCUGGAAGCUGAUGCCGAUGUUCAUUCAGGUGGAAAGGAUGAAGCCCCGGCUCUUCAAAAUGCUGCGUCGAUGGGCGAUCUUGAUUUGGUGAAGCUCCUACUGGAAUUUGGCGCUGAUGUCAACCAAAGAGGGGGGAAACACGAAACCGCUUUACAGGCUGUGGCAUACGAUGGUAACAUCGCUGUUUUGAAGUGUCUCAUAGAGGCCAAAGCUAAUGUCAGGCUGAAAGGGGGCAAAUAUGGAACUGCUCUCCAGGCUGCCGCCUGUCGCGGGAAUGCUGAAUGUGUGACGAUGAUACUAAACGCUGAUGAGAUCGUCAAUGUCAAUGCCCAUGGAGGUAUGCAUGGCAGUGCGUUACAUGCCGCCGUUAUGUGUGGGAGUUCUGAUACCGCGAAGAUCCUCAUCGAGGCUGGAGCCAAUGUUCAUGCAAAUGUUGGUCUUAAGACCACUCCGCUGGAAAUUGCCUGUUUUAAUAGAAGACCUGAUAUGAUGCGAAUCCUAUUGGAAGCCGAUUCUAAUGUCAAAACAAAUAGAGAGAGAUAUUCUCUAGCUCUCCAUCUUGCUUUGGAGAAAGGGUUUGAAGAAGAGGCAAGGAUAUUGAAAAAUGCUGGUGUAUCUAGGUUCUAG